AUGGAACUAUCGAUGAGAAAAAUGAGUUGCGCCGAAGGUGAAUGUAAAAAUAAUUCAGUGUCAUGUGAACAUGAGUAUCAUGUAGGAUUAUACAUCAUAGGCGAGCAAGCUGAUAGACUAAUGACUGAUAGAACGAACAAGAACAAGAGUGACAAGAUCAAUCUGAUUAAAAAGUCAAGUCAAGCCAAAAAAGGGAGUGGAGUCAGUGCAACUGAAUCUAAGCCUCAAAUUUUAUCGAAUAUUCUAAUUCAACCUGGUUGUAUCUAUUCUGUUGAUCUUGCUGAUCAGUUCUAUGAAACCAAACAGCGCUUGUCCCAUACCUUACCUUCAGACAUUGGAUUACAUGAAAGUGACAGCUUCUGGACACGUGUGUCGAGAUUGUGA